ACAAUUAGAGACUGUAUACAUCUCUAAUAAAGUAUCUAAUAUUUAAUUGAUUCCAUAUUUGUAAUUGUAUUUUGUUAUUUAUUGUUAAAACAAUUACAUGUAAAAGUGCCCCUGUGGCCUAAUUGUUUAACAGCUUGUUGUUUUUGAACGUACCCCGUACUCAGCUAGAGUAAAUUUUGUCUAUGGUGUGGUUUUAGUCUAUGGGCUCCCUUGGCUUGUCAAACCAAACAUAUGUCACUGUCCGUCAAAGUCAUAUGUCAAAUUCUCGAGCCAAAAGAGACGCUACGCUUUUCAGUUUUGAUUUACUGCACUAUUGAAAACAAAAAUCAAUAAAAUUUACAAAACUGUUAACAGGAUUAUAAGAAAAGAAACGAUAGUAUUUUUUAGCUCAAUAAUGGACGAUUUGUGCACAACGUGUCUAUGUUCUGGGCGGAGUCUUUUUUUUCUUGAGGAUACUGAAUACUAUCACAUGUAUUUACAAAUUUUGAAUGAAAUACAACCGGAUCUGCGAGUUCGCAUUUGCUGGGAGUGCCGUGCGGUGCUGCGGCGCUUCCAGCAGUUCCGGGGGCAGGUGCGCCGCUGCCAGUUGCUGCUGACUGAACAAGGCACUCCAAAAUACGCACUGUGCCAGCCGCCUCGGUUAACUAUUCAUAACGUGACCACAACCAGCUACCCGAUACAUGUGAAAGCCGAGCCCACAGAUACAACCAAUGUGGAGAUCAUUGAUAAUAUAAAGGUGGAAGUCGACGACACCAUAGAGCAUUGUGAACCAGAGACGUUUGUAAAUGACCUGGAUAUGAACAAAACUGAGGAUCUCGGGAAGAUUGAGGUUUCAAAGAAGCAAAGCAAGAAAAAGAAGAAAAAGUUGAAAGGGAACAAAAAGAAGAAAAAGAAAUUAGAGGAACCAUUGUCAGAUGGACUUAGUAGAGACUGUGAUUACAAAAUUGACAUUGUUGACCAUUUUGACAAUAUUGCCAACAAUGUUGACAACUUUGACAAUGUGGGUGAAAAUGUUGACAAUAUUGACAAUGUGGGUGAGAAUGUUGACAACAUUGACAAUGGUGACAAUGUUGACGAUGUUGACAAUGUUGACAAGCCGGGUGAAAAUGUGAUAGAAGCUAAAUGUAUGUGUUCUCAGUGUGGUCUCACAUUUGGUACCACAAGAGAGAUGGACCUACAUGUUAAAAAGGAACAUUUCAAGAAGGAGGGUAUGAGCGGUAAAAUUAGGACCCGGAGUAAAGAGGUGUUGGCGGAGAAACCCACGUGCGCCGAGUGCGGAAAAGUGUUUAGCUCUAGGAAAACCUACAGAUACCAUCUAAAUGUGCUACAUAAAGGACAGAACCGAUACCCGUGUCCGCGCUGCGGGAAGGUGUACCAGUGGAAGUCGAACCUCGGCCGACAUCUUAGGACACAUAAGGCCCGCGACUCGGGCGAGCUGUACUGCGCGCUGUGCGACAAGCGCUUCGCGUCCGUCGCCACGCACCGCCAGCACCUGCGCGUGUCGCGCCGCCACGUGGCCGAGACCGACUUCAGUUUCGUAUGUAAUGAGUGCGGUAAAAAGUUCGUGAACAAAACGCGUCUGAGGGACCACGUGGACUGGGAGCAUCUGAAGAAGAUCAAGUUCCGCUGCCAGCUCUGUAAUAAGCCCUUCAAAUGCCACACAUCGCUGUACGUGCACUUGCAGAACGUUCACAGGAACAAGGAGAAGAAAGACAACUUGUGUCAUGUCUGUGGGAAAUCUUACCAGAACGCAGCCAAAUUAAAGUACCACAUAGUGGCGAUGCACACACGCGAAACACCGUACCAGUGCGGGCAGUGCGGCGCCGCCUUCGGCUGGUACUCCAGUCUGUACCGACACAUCCGCGAGGUGCAUUAUAAGAUGAAAGUGCAACCAAAGAAGACUAAGAAGGGAAAGAAGAUAGAAGAUAUGGACGUGAUGCCGCCGCUGCCCGGGCCCGGUUAAACAUACACACAGACAGAUAAUUAAGGGAACAUACAUAUACUACGUGUCUCAUUUUCACAUUUACCCCCUUCCCUCCUGCAGUAUAUGCCAACUUCUGGUUUUCACGUAGUAAUUCAAACAUGUGUCCUUAAAUAUAUUUCUCAUCACACUUGCUCGAAAAAGAUCUCAUUUCAUGCUGGUGUACUAAAGGACAAACCUAUAUUGUUCCCGCGGGAAUUAUGGAAUGUGAAAAAGAAAGCUAUAAUUCUGCUUUUCUUUAUGUCACUAAUUUAUAUGAACCAACCAAGUAGGUGUAAAUGAGUGUUACUUUUAAAAUAUACUAGUGUUAUUUUUUUCGAGCCUUUAAGAGUGUCUUACUGCUGGGCAAACAAAGGCCUCCCCCCCUAGACUUUCAAUCUUCCCGAUUAACUGCAGCAUCCGUCCAGUUGCUGAGAAAUGCGUCCAGGUCGACAUUCGUGGGACACUAUAGGCUCGUAAAAACAUUGUCGUUUGAAAUACAUUUACAGAAUUUUCAAUUGUGUCUGAAUGCCGGAUGAAUCUGUGUCUUCGAUGCCUAACCUAACAAAGAAUGACAAUAUGGCGGACGAAUGUUGAAAUGUCAUCGUGUUUAAGAAUUAUUUGGCUUAAAAUUUAGUUUUUUCUUCGCAAGCGUGAUGAAAAACGUGUGUAACUCCGGGGUGAGAAUAUUACAAACUUGGGUCUUUAAUUCACUCCAGCCUGCGGCUGUCGUGCAUUAGCACCCUUGUUUCUGUUAUAUCUCUUAUCGCCCGCGUUGCACAAUGCACUAUUUUUGUAAACAGUGUUGCACCCUGUGAGUUUAUAAAGCGACAUAUUUGAAUAAAUGGUCGCGUACUGUGCGGUUUCAGAGGAAUUUCCUCCCGCGAACGCUUCGGCUGUGGAAUGAGCUUCCUGCCGUGGUUUUCCCGAGGGGCUACAGUAUGGGGUUCUUCAAAAAAGGAGUGUACAGGUUUUUAAAGGGUCGGCAACGCGCAUGUAAUGCCUCUGGUGUUGCAGGCGUCCAUAGGCUACGGUGACUGCUUACCAUCAGGCGGGCCGUAUGCUUGUUUGCCAACGUCGUGGUAUAAAAAAAAUAAAGAUCGAAAAAGCGAGAGAUUACCCAAGAAGAUUGACUACAUGACGAAAACCUAAGAGGGGCUCUCGUGGUAUUUUGAACUCCCCUCCCACUUCCCCAAACUGGUCACGUAGUAUGGGUACGUUCCCUAACAUGGUAAAAUCAAGUCAAUAGGGAGUGUUACUGCAAUAUUCUGCCGCCAGAGUGCAGCACUAGCAUCUUUAAUAAACCAUAGAGUAACUUAUCCAUACUGUGCCUUAAACUGUGUUUUGAUAAGUUUUCACAGAUAAUAAAAUAUGACAUUGAUGCAUCAGCGGUUUGUUUACAAAGGGCCUACCGGGAAACGCGAAAAUCGAAAUUUAGUUAUCUGCGUCUUCAUCGCUCGAAUAUGCAAGAGUGAUAGAGAGGUUAGAUAACGAAAUUUCGAUUUCCUUCUUUCGCGAUACCUCAGAUUAAUAUUUGCGUAAUAUUCCCUGUUCUUUGUCACUUAUGGUUUAAACAGAUCUUUGUUUUAAAUGAUAAUUAUUUUUAAAGUUGUUAUUGUGAUAAAUGUAACUGAAGUUAAGUAAAAGACGAUAAGCGCGAAUAAUUCCGUACAUUGACCCGCCAUCCAUCGCAUGCGUUUAGUUUUAUUGCUGUCCCGCUCGCACACUGGCAUUGACCACCGGCAAUGGGCGGGACAGCAUACACGCGCGUGGGAUAGAUAUAGGCAAUAUACGAUAUUUCGUGUUUAGCGUCCGUUCAGUAAGUUUUAAUGUAAUAUGAAUUGUGAAGAUUAUUUAUAUUCAUCAGACUGAAAUAGAUUUAAGCAUCUUUACGAUGUAUGUGUGCAUAAUAAAAUAAAUAAAUAAUUUUAAUUUGUAGUGUAUAUAAUGAAUUAAACCUUUUUUAUAUCAAACAA